AUGACUCACUACUUUACCCUACCCAGGCACUCGAAUACAUCUGCACUGCCUUCACCGCGCUCGUACGAAGAAUUCCACCAACGUCUUCGCCAUGCCCAUAAUCCGAACCCAUUCGCAUCCAAACGGAGGUGGCGACUGCCGUUUUUGUUGUGCCUAGCUGGGGGGUUGGCGCCGUGCACUGCUGCUAUUCAGGGGAUCAAGGACGAGAAGGGUAACAAAGACAGAACGUCCCUCGCUUCAACAAGAGCGACUGGGGUCGAAGACGCGCCGUUGCACUGGUCUACAUUGCUCGAUCGUCCACGUCGACCCGGACAAGCGGUCAUUGAUCUUGGUGAAGAAGAUGAAUCUGCACAAGGGAUUGUCGAUCUUGGUGCCGGAGAAGUGAGAACGACUGCAGGAGGAGGGGGCGCGGAACUCGCAUAUACUCCGGCGCGUAAGGCGGAUUUGAUCUCGCGGGCGAGGUGGGAUUUGUUGGGCAAUAAGUCAGUCUUCGAUUUCUUCUUCUUCGAACGAUUUACUCAACCCUACAUCUCCCUACAGGCGUCUCCUCAUCCUAUCCUACAUCCCAUCCGGCCUUCGGUGCUGGACCGUACGGACCUAGGCGCCGUCACUGAAGUUCUCAACCUCAACUUUUCAGGCGUGCAGUGGAAGGAGUUGGGGUUUGACGUGGGGAGGGUGGUUUAUGCCGCUUGGCUUUCGUCAGCUGCGAGGGAUAAGUCCGAUUCUUUCAGGGAGGACAGGCCAUUUCUUGGGAUUAUGUACGUCAUUUCGUCUUCGUACCUUUCAUGGGCUGAUGUGAAUGGUUUGGAAACAGCACAGGACACCGAGUCGACGACCUUUGUCAUCUAUUCGCUCAGUAGACAUUCAAAUAUUCACGUUCCGCACCCUCCCUUUCAAAUGACCCCACACAUCCACCUUGCGGGUUCACGGGAAAGACAUGCACCGCCCUAUUCCAUGUCCCAAUCGCCAACCACCGCUUAUCCUGAGCCGAAUCUACACCUUCAACCACCGCCAACGUCCUGCCACGACGCAAAUCAACCUCAAAACCGCGAUAGGCUGACUUCGCGAACUCCGAAACUCAAGCACAACCCGCGGAUUUCUCCAUUGUCACAAGCGAAGCCAAAUCAACCACUCACGUCUCAUCCUGGCGGCAAAGAUCAGCAUGAAGACUAA